ACGGGAACACGUACACGCGCACAUGAGCGCAGUCAUGUAAUUUUCAGGGGACACGUCAAGUUGCAUAAAAUAAUCAAGUUAGAUCCAAAAUUUCAUCGUCUGGCCUUGAAUUUUUUUCUAGUGAAGUACGGAAGAAAUAACUCGGGGGCAAAUGGUGAAUCGGAAGGAAGGAAUCUCUUUGGAAAUAAUAUCUUCUUCCGCUUCCCUAUAUAUUUACUUAAUCCACUUGCUCCUCUUCCAUACGCGCGUCCUGUGACACUGGACUGAAAUCCUCAAAACCAUGUCGAAGGGGGACGUGGUCAUCGAGACGGCGGCGGAGGCGGAGGCCACCGCGAAGGCGCCGUACUGGGACCCUCCGCCGGCCCCGCUGCUGGACACGAGCGAGCUGAAGAAGUGGUCCCUGUACCGCGCGCUCAUCGCCGAGUUCAUGGCCACCCUCAUCUUCCUCUACGUGAGCGUCGCGACCGUCAUCGGGUACAAGAGCCAGUCCCAGGCCGAAGCGUGCACCGGUGUCGGCUUCCUCGGCGUCGCCUGGUCCUUCGGCGCCACCAUCUUCAUCCUCGUCUACUGCACCGGCGGCAUCUCAGGUGGGCACAUCAACCCUGCCGUGACGUUCGGCCUGUUCGUUGGGCGGAAGCUGUCGCUGGUGCGCACCCUACUGUACAUCGCGGCGCAGUGCCUCGGCGCCGUCUGCGGCGUGGGCAUCGUCAAGGCGAUCAUGAAGCACCCCUACAACUCCCUCGGCGGCGGCGCCAACGAGGUGGCCACCGGCUACUCCGUCGGGGGAGCCCUCGCCGCCGAGAUCGUCGGCACGUUCAUCCUCGUGUACACCGUCUUCUCCGCCACCGACCCCAAGCGCACGGCGCGCGACUCCUUCAUCCCCGUGCUUGUGCCGCUGCCGAUUGGGUUUGCGGUGUUCGUGGUUCACCUGGCGACUAUUCCGAUCACCGGCACGGGCAUCAACCCGGCCAGGAGCCUCGGCGCUGCCGUCCUCUACAACCAACACGACGCAUGGAAAGACCAUUGGAUCUUCUGGGUUGGGCCGCUGAUCGGGGCGACGGUGGCGGCGCUGUACCACAAGCUCGUGCUGCGCGGGGAGGCCGUCAAGGCGCUCGGCUCGUUCAGGAGCACCAGCGCCACCGUGUGAGAGUGAGACCAUCUGCUUCCUGCCUGCCUGCA